UUUUUCUGCUCUUCUCCCCCCGGACAGGCGGAUGAAGGUUCUUGUGGUGGAUUAAGGAGCAGAAGAAGAAGAAGAAGAAGAGAAGCGGAGGACAGUGCGCGCUCCCCGGAUAUUAUUAUUAUUAUUAUUGGUGGUCUGAUCUCUCCGGACCCCCCCCCCCGAUCUCUCUCCCGCACCCCCCCUCUCCCCGGUGGCACCGUGCAUGGUCGGAUGGUGUCGGUUGGUGUAGCCGGGUGUCGGAUGUUCUUCUUCCUGGUGUCGGGAGUUGUGUGAUCGCAGCCCUGGCAUGCGGUGCCGCCGUCGGCCGAUCUGAUCGGAUCUGUGGCCCCCCGUCCCCAGGGAUCCCCUCUCCCCAUAAAGACUGGCGCAUGUUCCAGGGCGCCUUGGCUUGUCGGACCCCCGGUGCCCCCCGGGCUGCUGCUGCUGCUUGUCUCUGGCCGGCCUCGGAUCCAGGCUCCUUCAUGAUUUGCGGGCGUCAUGCACGUUCUUUAGCCGGGAAGCCCUGCUGUCGUCCCGCAUGUUCAGGACCAAACGAUCGGUGCUCGUCCGGCGACUCUGGAGGAGCCGAGCACCCGGAGAUCCGGGGGAAGGAGCCGGGGAAGGAGGAGAGAGCCGGGCACCGGCGCCGCUACAUGGGAGCUGCUGUAUGGGCAAGACGGGCAAGGGGCCCCGGGCGGCUCCGAUGGGCACCGACACCGAACUGAAGGCGCUCACCCACUCCGUGCUCAAGAGGCUGAAGGAGCGCCAGCUGGAGGGCUUACUACAGGCGGUGGAGUCCCGGGGAGGGACCCGGAGUCCUUGUCUACUACUACCGGCAGCCAAGCUCGACUCCUCCCGGCUCUGCCAGCAACCCGCAUCCCUUCCCUUCCUCAUCGCCAAGGUGUUCCGGUGGCCCGAUCUCCGCCACUCCGCCGACCUCAAGAGACUUACCGUGUGUGACUCGUACGGCAAGAACAACCCCGACAUCGUCUGCUGCAACCCCCACCACCUCAGCAGGCUCUGCGAGCUAGAGUCCCCCCCACCUCCCUACUCCAGAUACCCAAUGGAUAUUCUCAAAACUUCUGCGGAUUGUCCAGACUUCGUGCCUUCCUCUACAGAGACAGGGGGAUCUAAUUAUUUGGCCCCUGAGGGGCUUUCAGAUUCCCAACUUCUUCAGGAGUCUGGGGACCCGUCCCAUUGGUGCGUGGUAGCGUACUGGGAAGAAAAAACGCGGGUGGGUCGUUUGUAUUCUGUCCAAGAACCUUCCCUGGAUAUCUUUUAUGAUCUACCUCAGGGGAACGGCUUCUGCAUAGGACAACUGAACUCGGACAACAGAAGCCAGCUGGUGCAAAAAGUGCGCAGCAAAAUCGGCUAUGGCAUCCAGCUCACCAAGGAAGUGGACGGCGUCUGGGUUUACAACCGCAGCAGCUAUCCCAUUUUCAUCAAGUCGGCCACACUGGACAACCCCGAUUCUAGGACGUUAUUGGUCCAUAAAGUGUUUCCCGGAUUCUCCAUCAAAGCUUUUGACUAUGAGAAGGCUUACAGUUUGCAAAGGCCCAACGACCACGAGUUUAUGCAACAGCCCUGGACUGGGUACACUGUACAGAUAAGCUUUGUGAAAGGCUGGGGACAGUGCUACACGAGACAGUUUAUCAGUAGUUGUCCCUGCUGGUUAGAGGUGAUCUUCAAUAACCGAUGACUCGGAAACAAGUGGACUUCGGGACUUCUUUACUACUUGCUGCUAAAAUUUCCUUCCGAGUGCUUGCUUCUUUGUGCAUACCCCCCCCUCCCCUCCACAGAUAUUUGUGUUUGUUUUUGAGAAAUAGCUUAUGUCAAGGAUUUUUUAUUUUUUUUUAACUUUUCUGACAAGUGUGAAUGAGGUCGGUAGGUUGGGGGGGGGCGGGGGUUGAAGGACAGGUCCCCUCUUGUGACGUUGUAGCCCUGUCUCAUUGCAACAUAUAUUUUAUUUAAAGCACGGGGAGAGAAAUCAGUAUUUAUUUUUCUACAGUAUAGAAGUGAAAUCCCCCCCUGCUCUACCUUCUCUAGGAUGUUUGGGUACAGAAAGGCAAGCCGCCGAAACAAUGGAUAAAAGCCGUAUGUGGGGGAGAGCUGAGGUUGGGCAGCAUCUAUAUAGAUGUCCACCAUUUGGUCCUACGCCGGCCACCUUCAAUGCAUGUACUUUAAAGUGGAAGUAAACCCAUCGAUUUUAAAGUCAACGAAAAGUGACGGAAAUGUAACUUUUACACCUUUGUUGUGCUCUCAACCAAACUGCCAAACCAUCCAAUGGCUGGUGUCAUAACUGAUCACAUGUGCAGCAUCAUGACAGUUGAAGAUCAGAGGCCAAGAUGGCAGCUUCCUUGGCUAAAAAACGAUACGGAGGGUUUACUUCCACCUUUUUUCAGAGCGUGAGUUGCUGUAAUCUUCAGUGACCAAUCGUACAUUGGCCUAAACUUCGGCGGAAGCUGGAUAAUGAAAGCUUUGCUCUGAUUGGCUGUUAUUGACUACUGCACCUCAACGCUCUUCUUCGCAUCAAGGUGGCCUUUAAGCCCUGUGAUGACCUUUUUACUAUCGUCUAGUCCAGUUGAUGGUGAACCUUGGCACCCCAGAUGUUUUGGAACUACAUUUCCCAUGAUGCUCAUGCACUCUGCAGUGUAGUUGAGCAUCAUGGGAAAUGUAGUUCCAAAACAUCUAGGGUGCCAAGGUUCACCAUCACUGGUCUAGUCUAAUUCUUGCACACAGAACAGAUAUUAAGGAAGGAGUGCACUUUUAAAAUGCCAUAGAUGAUUCGAUCACUCCCCCAAUCAACAGUCAGUGUUGAUGAAUGAAUCCCUCCCAUGGAGCUGUUGUGUUCUCCUGGUGGGGGGGGAGCUGUCCCGACUGGGUGAACACGUGAAUAUUGCUACGAAAAGUACAACAGGCUGGUUGUACCCAAGUUGGGUACGUUCAGCCUGCACCUACAUGGUUCGAAUCUUGGCCAGUCCUGCUGAACCGGCCAAGAUUCGAACAGUCUAUAGCCGGCUUUAGCAAGCCAAGCAGGUUUGCAUAUAUUACUUCACACCUUUUCUCUCUGUCUUUCUCACGCUACUGUGAGUUGUAUGUGGACAGCUCAACUAUCAUUUCAUUUUAUGUCUUCUAGAGAAAGAUAUAUGGAAACAGUGAUCACUAUUUCUUUUUUUUCUUCCCCUGAGCACCUCUUUCUCUUCUAUACAUGGUUCUAGGCACUUUGUUGAAGGCGUGCGCUGUAGAAUACAAAAUUCUGCAGCUGCAUGCAUUGAGUUGGCCAUGUUUGAGGGACAACAUAACUAAUUGUUUUAUUUAAAAAAAGUGCACUUGUUCUUUAAGUCUAGUUUUUGUGGUUGAACUCAUCUAAAAACCCAGAGUCAAGGGCUACUGUAAAGGUGGAGCAUUUAGUGGUCAAAGCAAGGCCCAUGCAUCUCCUCUUCAGGACUGGUGAAUUUUGCCUUUUUUUUGCCGUGGCUUGUUUGGCACAGCCUUGCCGGCGUUGCACUCAAGGUGUACAGAGAAAUGUGUGCUUGAGUCUGGAGUGUAGUGAUUGUGCUUUCAUUUUUGACAAAGACCAAACCAAAAAACUGCCGAACUGCCUAACCGGCCCUCCCCACCCCCCAUAAUGCAGAUUGUCAAACACACUUUAAAAAAAAAGGGGCAGUGCAUGUGGUUUGUUGUUUUAAAUAAGCCAAUGCAAUACAAGAACAGCUGACUUUUCUAAGAAAAUAAAAAUAGCUCACAGACUGACAAAAUUCACUUUAUGUAUGUCUAAUGUAAAUUUAUACCUAUAUGAUAUUCAAGAGCCGCGAUGGUCGAUGGUUUAGGGAUGUGUUUUCCUGAAUAUAAGCGCCUGCCAUGUGCAAAAAGUAUUGUUUAAAAAAAAAACGUAAUUUUUAUUUUUAUUCCGUGACUGCCAGUGAGUAUUGGAACUUUCAGUGGCAACAAAGUGUUUUGUACUGUGGCUUCUCAUUUAAGAUUGUGAAUAUACGCUAUUCCUGGCUCUCUCAUUGGCUGCAGAGGGCCUCGAACAAUUUAGAAAUCCUAGUUCUGUGAUAAUCGUGAUCAAAAAUAUCAUCACAUUUAUUUUAAAGCUUUUUUUUCCAAUGGGUAUUGAGGCGCAGUGCAUAAACACUCUGAAUGUGCCCUUUGCCAUAGGGCAAAUUCCAACAAAAUCCGAUAUUUUACGUCCUUGAGCGGGCACUGGUGGGUUGGAUCCACCUAUUGGCUUCUUGUAUCUCCAACAGAAUCCAGUCUUGACUUUCCCCC